UGGAGCCCAAGUGGAAGGCAAGACUUGGCAGUGGCUGUGGUGGCUAAUCACAGCCUCCUCCUGUGCUGAAUGUGGAACGGCACUGACGGAAUUGUGAGGCUUUCUGAGGUGACUGUGCUGGGGCCACAGAGUGGUGGGGCGUGUGUAAUUGCUGCUUUCAGGAAGAGCUUUCGUUUUCCUUUCUCCUGAGGACAAGCCUUUUCCUAUGGUAUUUGGGUACUUCACACUCCUAGAACUGGGCAUGAACUGAGACAAGUUUAUUCAGAUGCUGGAAACUGUUUUUAUUCCUGUUUGUUUGGGUUGAGAUUCCCUCUUAUUUCUCAUCUGCCCACUCUGUACUUGCUCCUCACCGCAGAAUUGCAAACUCGUUUUGCAGUGGCCAUUUCCAAUUAGAAUACCUGACUAAAUCGUCUUGUUUGUGUUCUGCUCAGUCCUUCUCUGUCCCUUUGCAACAUGCCAAUUUACCACUCCUUGAUUGUUUUUCUUCCCUGCAGUGGAAUUGCUCUGAGAGGUCUGAAUAAUACUACUCAGAGUUGCCUGACACCACUUGCUGAUUCACCCUGAACAGUUGUUUUUUUCUUUUUUAUUUUGUUGGUGUUUCUUUUCUAUUUUAAUGAAUGAAAAAGCUAUCCCACUGGCUCCCAAUCUAACUUUCGGGAGCAUGGAAAAAUAUUAAGGCCACAAGCAAUCAGAAGGGGACUUUUUAGUAGGAACAGUCUCAAAGAAGCAUAAGUAGAAGUGAACUGAAUGAUCUGUGUAACUUGAUCAAAUCCUCUGGCUGCCAAAGAGCAAGGAAUGGUUUGGUCAUUUAUGACAACUGCCACUGUACCAGGGCACUGCUCUGUUUUUCAGCCUUUCUCUGAAGAGUGGGAAGGUGGCUAGGACCAUGUGGCUGGCUCCUCGAGGCAGGCAGCUGACUGAGGGGCACCUGGAACAGCAUUAUUACCUCUCCUGCCUCCCUGUCUCCUGCUCCCCCAUCCCAUGCUGCCCCUUGGUUGAUAUUUCCCUGCUCUGGCUCCCACUUGGGAUGCCACCCAAGCAGUUUCAGUGCCCUUCUGCCAUUCAGCUCCAGCUGUCCUGCCUCUCCACUCCGAGAAGCACCACUGGAGCAGCACGGCAUGCAUGGCUGUUCUGGGGUCACCAUCACGCUUCCAUCUGCAGUGGGAAGGAGUCCUGAUCGGUGCCUGAAUUGAGCUGUUAGUAGGAGCCCACGGAAUGCCAGCAAACAGAUUAUCCUGCCCGCUUCCUUGAGAGCUUCAGAUGACUUGCUAGUCUAAGGAAGCGGCUCUCAGACCAAGUGACCAUGACUGAGAAGACGCAAGAACCUCAUGUGGAGGAUGAUGAUGAUGAGCUGGAUGGGAAACUCAACUACAAACCUCCUCCCCAGAAAACACUGCAGGAGCUGCAAGAGUUGGACAAGGAUGAUGAAAGCCUCGCUAAGUACAAGAAGUCCCUGCUGGGAGAUGGACCUGUGGUAGUAGACCCAACAGCUCCCAAUGUGGUGGUCACCCGACUCACUCUGGUUUGUGACUCUGCUCCAGGACCGAUCACUAUGGACCUUACAGGUGACCUUGAAGCACUCAAGAAAGAGACCUUCGUCUUAAAGGAAGGGGUGGAAUACAGAGUUAAGAUCCACUUCAGAGUAAACAGGGACAUUGUGUCGGGACUGAAAUAUGUGCAGCACACCUACCGGACCGGGGUGAAGGUGGACAAAGCCACAUUCAUGGUUGGCAGCUAUGGGCCACGGCCAGAGGAGUACGAGUUCCUGACACCUAUUGAAGAGGCUCCUAAGGGGAUGCUGGCUCGGGGCACCUAUCACAACAAAUCCUUCUUCACCGAUGAUGACAAGCACGACCAUCUCACCUGGGAGUGGAACCUGUCCAUCAAGAAGGAAUGGACAGAAUGAGUUCACCCAGUUUGCCUUCCCCCUUCCCAUCCCCUUGCCUCCUGCACCAGUCUCCAGGUGGGCCACAUCCACCACUGCUUCUUCCUGCCAGCAUGGCUGGCCUCAGCCCUGGCACCCCUUCCUGUGGGUGCUGGGGCUCUGUGCCAGCCUUGGUCAAUGCACAGCCCUGCAGGUGGCCUUUGCUGCUUCUUCUGAUACACUGAAAACCACCCAACAGUUCUCACCACCAUCCAUCCCAUCAUGACACCAUAAUGGGUUAAAUUGGGAAGCAUCUCCCUCCCUUGCCCCCAGUACUUCCUCCUGUUGUCCCUCUCUCCUGUACCAACUCCAGUCCUGGAAGUGCCUUUUCGAGGAAACAAGAUCACCUGGCAGGGGUGGACUGGUCCCUGGAAAAUCCCUAUCUUGAGUUACACUUGCCACGUGCUCUGACUCAUUGUAAAGGGUUACUUACCUCCCCUGUUGGUCUCCUGGUCUGUAUCUGGUGCCCUACCCUGUUAAAAUCCAUCUUUGUGCAGGCGAAGCCAGUCAGGGGGAAUGCAGCUAGAUGCCGUAACAAGACUUCAGUGUGUGAGAAUAAAACCAGUUUCUUUCUUCU